AGAUAAAACUGGUCCGAUCAAAUCCAAGAAUCAAUGAAUUUGAAGAAACAUUCCAAGAAUCCUAUCUAGUGUACAAAAAAUACCAAAUGGUGAUCCACAAGGACCCGCCUGAAAAGCCUUCUAAGAAACAAUUUACACGAUUUCUGGUAGACUCGCCACUUGAGGAGGAACAUAAGGCAGGUGGCUUCCCAGAAGGCUAUGGUUCAUUUUAUCAACAAUAUUGGUUAGAUGGGAAGUUAGUGGCCGUGGGUGUGUUGGAUAUCCUACCCUCCUGUACCUCCUCUGUAUAUCUCUACUACGAUCCAGACUUCUGGUUUCUCUCCAUAGGAACUUAUUCUGCAUUGAGGGAGAUUGCAUUCACAAGUCAGCUGAGAAAAUAUGGAAUAGAACACUACUACAUGGGCUUCUACAUACACUCCUGUCCAAAGAUGGUUAACAAGGGAAAGUAUGCUGGAUCAUAUCUCCUGUGCCCAGAAAGCUACCUGUGGUUCCCAGUGCCAGAAUGCACGCCUAAACUGGAUGUCAACAAAUACUCCAGAUUUGCUGCUACUGAGACAAGAGAUACAAAUGGGACUAUAGAACUUGACAAUGUUCUGGUGCUCUAUUUGAGGCAGGCAAUGCCAUAUAUGAUAUACAAAGCUGUAGGAGAAAAUGUAUGCGACCAAGAUGAAGUUUUACAGUAUGCAAAAUUAGUUGGUCAGACUUGUUGUGAACGCAUGCUAUUAUACAGGUCCUAA